AUGGCACUCAUUCGUAGCACCAAUGGCAACUGCCCAUGCCCUGUGUGUCUUGUACCAAAGGCCCAGCAAGCACAAGGUCACAAUGUGCAUCCAGUCCGAAAAGCAGCUGAUGUACAGGUAAUUUUUACUACGAAGCUAAAGCGUGGCCAGAAGAAGAAAUUUCUCAAACAGCUGUCGCUCCGAAAUGUUGAGAAUGUCUUUUGGAAGCUUGCUCACUCGGAUCUGCACAAGGCACUCUCUUUUGACCGACUUCAUGCUUAUCACUUAGGACUCUUUGGCAAACACCUCUGGCCAGAGUUAAAAUUAGUGGUUGAAGGCUUGGAUAGGAGUAUCCGGGUGGCUAUCAACAAUCAAUCAAUGGUGUUCCCAAUAUGGCAGGGCCUAUACCACUUUGCAAAAGGUGUCCUCUAUAUUGAGUUCUCUGAUGGUUCAAAGUACGAAGACCUAUCAAAGAUUAUUGUCUUUAUUUCAUUCUGGGCAUUGACCGCAGAGACCAGUAGGCGCGGCUAUGCGCUGUUGAAGCUCAUUUGUCGGUAUAUUGAGUGUGAUAUGUAUGCAAGCUUUGAGGUCCAUACAACUGAAACUGUCGAUGCCUAUUGGCAGUGUAUUCACCAGGUUUACAAGGCUCUUGAGAAAUAUAUUCCCCUUUGUGUUGGCGAUAAAAAGCAUAAAGACUGGAACUUUGCAAAGAACCAUUCGCAUAUACACGCUCCCGAGGACAUUCUUGCCAAAGGUGUCAUGCGAAAUUUCAGCACACAGGUGAUUGAGUGUUCUUAUCUCAGGGUGGACUAUGAGUCCAAAGUUACCUGGAAGACAGUCACCGACUAUUUGCGAUGCUCUCCGGACUUUUAUAAGAAGCCACAGUACGAUGGAGCCAUUGUCGAUGCCGGCGGCGGCAAAUGCGUUAUUGUCAAGCUGCAUUUCACCUUUGUCAUCGAUUGUGGCAGCAAGCUAUACCCUCUCGCGCUGGUGCAGGCUAUGCAGAUCCCUGGGUCCCCUCAAGCUCAGUGUAAUGUUGACUAUAACCUUGCCCUCUACCGUGUGAAGGCAAAGAGAGCUCCUGUCUUCAUACCUCUGCAAUCGAUCAUACACGGCGCACUUCUGUAUUCUGAUCCGCUGCGCACUGAUGAGUACUUAGUUGUAGAUACAAUCGAGACUGGAGAUAUAUUUUUGCGGCUGAAGGAGAUGUUUUCUGACCAAGGAUUAGCUUAG